AUGAAACGUCAGAUGCGACAAGCGAAUGAGAGUUUCGAGUCGCGUCGUCGUGAUCGCUCCGCGGAUGCUAUUCGUUCAGCUUCGCGAGCUGACUCGCGUCGUGAUAGGUCACUGGAUUCCCUGAGAAACAUUAACCAAUCACCGCAAUCGUACAGAAGAGCAGCACGUGAAAUAGAACAGGAGCCAGAGUACUGCUAUGCAUUGCCAAUGAAACACAAACAAGCGAAUGAUUCCCCACCACGGACCCACUACGCCACCUACGGUAGUCCUCGCAGAGAACGAUCUGAAGAUGUUCCUCCUGAAUUGCCUAAACAGCCGAUCCCGAACAGUUCUAUGACAAAGUUUGAACCGGCAUCAUAUCGCCCUUCAUCACAAGCACAACACAGGUAA